CCCGGGCUGCCGGUGCACUCAUAGCAUGGCCUGGAACACCAACCUCCGCUGGCGGCUGCCGCUGGCCUGCCUGCUGCUGCAGGUGGCCAUGGUGGUCCUCUUCGGCGUGUUCGUGCGCUACGAUCCCGACGCCGACGCCAGCUGGUGGGAGGAAAAGAAGCGCAGGAACAUCUCCAGCGACCUGGAGAACGAGUUCUACUACCGCUACCCGAGCUUCCAGGACGUGCACGUCAUGGUCUUCGUGGGCUUCGGCUUCCUCAUGACCUUCCUGCAGCGCUACGGGUUUGGGGCCUUGGGCUUCAACUUCCUGCUGGCGGCCUUCGGCAUCCAGUGGGCGCUGCUCAUGCAGGGCUGGUUCCACCACCUGGAUUUACAGGGCCGCUACAUCCUCCUGGGCAUCGAGAACCUCAUCAAUGCUGACUUUUGCGUGGCCUCUGUCUGUGUGGCCUUUGGAGCUGUGCUGGGCAAAGUCAGCCCAAUCCAGCUGCUCAUCAUGACCUUGUUCCAAGUGACGCUGUUCACAGUGAAUGAGUACAUUCUCCUCAACAUACUAGAGGUGAAGGAUGCAGGGGGCUCCAUGACCAUCCACACAUUUGGCGCCUACUUUGGGCUCACAGUAACCUAUAUCCUCUACCGACACAACCUAGAGCAGAGCAAGCAGAGGCAGAGUUCUGUGUACCACUCGGACCUCUUCGCCAUGAUUGGCACUCUCUUCCUGUGGAUGUACUGGCCCAGCUUCAACUCAGCUGUGUCCUACCACGGGGACGCCCAGCACCGAGCUGCCAUUAAUACCUACUGCUCCUUGGCAGCCAGCGUUCUCACCUCGGUGGCACUGUCCAGUGCCCUGCACAAGAAGGGCAAGCUGGACAUGGUGCACAUCCAGAAUGCCACGCUGGCCGGAGGGGUGGGCGUGGGCACUGCAGCCGAAAUGAUGCUCAUGCCCUAUGGUGCCCUCAUUGUGGGCUUCUUCUGCGGCUCCAUCUCCACCCUGGGUUUCGUGUUCCUGACGCCAUUCCUGGAGUCCCGGCUGCGUAUCCAGGACACAUGUGGCAUUCACAACCUGCACGGCAUCCCUGGCGUCCUGGGCGGCAUUGUGGGUGCUGUGACAGUGGCCUUCGCCAGCCCUGAUAUAUAUGCACAGCCAGGGUUUUCAAAGGAUGUCCAGACCUCGAGAACUCAGGGCAAGUUCCAGGUGUUUGGCCUCCUCCUGAGCUUGGCCAUGGCCCUGAUGGGCGGCAUCAUCGUGGGGCUCAUUUUGAGACUACCAUUCUGGGGACAGGCAGCUGAUGAGAACUGCUUUGAGGAUGAGGUCUACUGGGAGGUGCCUGAAGAGAACAGCGCUGGCCACGUCACUGAGGACCCCACCCUCAAGCCCCCGGCCCUCCUGAUACCCUCGGGAGCACCUGCCCUCUCAGCAGUCUUGGUACCCUAAUCCCCCCGGCAGGCUCCACAGACUGUUGGGGUUCUGGAAGGACCUGGGGACUCAGGAGCAAACUAGCAGUACCCGAUUGCUGAUUGCUGGCCCAGACCCAGGGGGCCUCUCCCACCCCAUCCCUCUUCAGCCCUGAGGACAGAGGAGGGGGAGUCCCCUCAAAGUGGGGGUCCUGCUGCAGAAAGUCUGCUCCCAUCUUGGGUCUUGGUGGCCACAUUGGUGCCAAGCAGGCUAGGGAAGCAGUUUGGACCUGGGCUGGGCCUGACCCUUCCAGGAGGCAACUCAGCAGCCAGCUGCCACCCGCUGGGCAGCGCCCCCCCCCAUCAAAAUCAGCCCCUCAGAGCUCCUGGGUCCCCAAGACUUCUCUGUGCCACCAGGUAGGUAGCCUCCCUGAAUAAACAUUCUUGUUCUUUGUA